CCCAGAGCUAGGUCGCCUGGAUUCCCUUCUCCCUCAGAAGAUACCGACCAGGCCAGGUCUGCAGGACCCUAGUGACCCGCUGCAGGUCAGGGGAGAUGUGGGGGAGGAAGGGGUUGGUAGCUCUGCAAUCUACCCCUGGCCUGGGCAGCCCGCUGUUGUGGGAUUGAUUGUGUGAUUGGGGUGGGGUGUGCCCAGGAAGGGCUUUCAAAUCCCCCCUCCCGGAGGAGCUCCUGAUUGACAGGACCCCAGGCGGCAGCAAUCAAUGACUGGGUGGAACCUAGCGGCGGGGUCUCCACCAGCUGAUGGGGAUUUGCUGGGAUGCGUAAGCUCCCAGCCCAGCUCUCUCCGGCUCCCACUCGCACAAUGAAACCUUGCUAAGGGGGGGGGGGGGGGGGGAAGAGCAGAAGGGGGCCGGCUGAGGGCUGUACACCAGUAAGAAGAACUGAAGAGACAGGGAAACACGCAGGCACCCACCGGCGCGCUGUGCCCUGCCCGCCUCCCCGCCAGAGGCCAGCUCAGCCCCGUGCCCGCAGGCUGGAGCCGGGCGCAAGACGCGCAAGGUGUUGGUUCUCCUCGGGCAGGUAACAUGGAGCAGCUGAACUGACCUGAGGAGCCGUCCCAGCUUUGCCCAGAAUGGGCUGUGUGUAUUGCAAGGAGAAGGAGUCGAAUAAAGGCCAGACGGAGAACACCGAUGGCUCGGCAUCGAAAUCCUGCUACGGCCCCGACCCGACGCAGCAGAAUCCCUCCAGCAGCUUCACCCGCAUCCCCGACUUUAACAACUUCCACAGCACGCCCGCCGGCGCCCCCGCCUUCAUGGGCCCCGGCCUCUAUCCCAACAGCACCUUGUGUGGAGUGGGGAUCACAGGCGGGGGCGUGACCCUCUUCAUUGCCUUGUACGAUUACGAAGCCCGGACGGAAGAUGACCUGACGUUCCUGAAGGGGGAGAAAUUCCACAUUAUCAACAAUACCGAGGGCGACUGGUGGGAGGCGAGGUCCCUGAACACAGGGGCCACGGGCUACGUCCCCAGCAACUACGUGGCUCCGGUGGACUCCAUCCAGGCGGAAGAGUGGUACUUUGGGAAGAUGGGGCGAAAGGACGCUGAGAGGCAGCUGCUGUGUCAGGGCAACCCCCGAGGGACCUUCCUCAUCCGUGAGAGCGAGACCACCAAAGGUGCCUACUCCCUGUCCAUCCGGGACUGGGACGAGAUGAAGGGCGACCACGUGAAGCACUAUAAGAUCCGGAAGCUGGAUAACGGUGGCUAUUACAUCACCACGCGGGCCCAGUUCGAGACCAUCCAGGAACUGGUCCACCAUUACAUAGAGCGAGCUGCGGGCCUGUGCUGCCGCCUGGCCGUGCCGUGCCACAAGGGGAUGCCCAAGCUGGCAGACCUGUCUGUCAAAACCAAAGACGUGUGGGAGAUCCCGCGAGAGUCGCUGCAGCUGAUCAAGAAACUGGGCAAUGGGCAGUUUGGGGAAGUGUGGAUGGGCACGUGGAACGGCACCACCAAGGUGGCGGUGAAGACGCUGAAGCCGGGCACCAUGUCCCCGGAGGCCUUCCUGGAGGAGGCCCAGAUCAUGAAGCGGCUCCGGCACGACAAGCUGGUGCAGCUCUACGCCGUGGUGUCGGAGGAGCCCAUCUACAUCGUCACAGAGUUCAUGAGCCAAGGAAGCUUGCUGGAUUUCCUGAAGGACGGGGAUGGCCGGUUCUUGAAGCUGCCCCAGCUGGUGGACAUGGCGGCCCAGAUCUCGGCCGGCAUGGCCUACAUCGAGCGGAUGAACUAUAUCCACCGGGACUUGCGUGCCGCCAACAUCCUGGUGGGUGACAACCUGGUGUGUAAGAUUGCGGACUUCGGCCUGGCCCGCCUCAUCGAGGACAACGAGUACACGGCACGCCAAGGUGCCAAGUUCCCCAUCAAGUGGACAGCCCCGGAGGCUGCUCUCUAUGGGAAGUUUACUAUCAAGUCAGACGUGUGGUCCUUCGGCAUUCUCCUGACGGAGCUCGUCACCAAGGGCCGCGUGCCCUACCCAGGCAUGAAUAACCGGGAGGUGCUGGAGCAGGUGGAGCGGGGGUACCGUAUGCAGUGCCCCAGCAGCUGUCCCUCAUCCCUGCAUGAGUUGAUGGUGCAGUGCUGGAAGAAGGAACCGGAGGAGCGCCCCACUUUCGAAUAUCUCCAGUCCUUCCUGGAAGACUAUUUCACUGCCACAGAGCCUCAGUACCAGCCGGGGGACAACCAGUGAGCCCCGCUCUCUGAGCCGGCCGGCCGUGCCCAGGGCCCCUUCCCUGCAGCGGCUGCACCAGGCCAGGACUUCCCAGGCGGCACUGGGCCAGGACUUGCCAUGCCAGCCGGCCCCAGGCCAGGACUUCCCUCUUUGUAUAAUCUGGGCCAGAUCCCUUUUUUACAGUCGCCUUCUGGGGGUUUUGUUACUUUCCUGCCAUCUGCGCUCCCCUCACUCUGCCCUGGAGGGGGGUGCUUUGCACAAAUGCCUCCUAUUCUAAUGAGGAUCCUAGCCCAGGGCCAUUCUCGGGGGGCGGGGGGGGCUGAGUGAGGCUGCCCUGCAGCCCCCCUGUUGGUCCCACAUGGAGAAAUCCCCUCCCCGCCCCUUUCCAACUGCCUUCAACACCUAGCUCUUAACCUGAGAGAGAGGUGUGUGGUUUUUUUUUUUUUUUUUUUUUUUUUUUUUUUUUCCUUCCCUGGGGAGCAAUGAGGCCAUGCUGCCCGCAGGGGCCAGCCCAGCCUGCAGGGAGCAUCUCUCCAAACUCAGGGGGCCAAUGUGGGUGCCCUGGGCUUCGGAGGUGGCAGGGGCCAGGCCCGCUGCACCUCAGUGGCCUUGGACGGGGCGGGACCAGGCCCAUCGUCCCCCCAACUGGAUUGCAGCAGCUUUGGAGCGUGUCCAUCAGGCUGUUCUCUCCUGGGGCUGACGGCUGCGCCCCGUCUCCGGCCCCCCUGCUCUUGAGCGGCGUCCCGCUCCCCCCCUGCCCGGCUGCUGGUGCCCCCCUCCUGGAGUUGGUGCCGUCAUCUGCCACAAGUGCCUGGGGCGGAGGAGAGAGUCUUUGACUCAGGAUUGGGGGGCUGUAGGAUGCCCAAGCCACGGGACGCUUUCCACCGGCCAUGCAAGGCCUGGAUGGAGGCUGGGAGAGGGGAUGGGUGGAAGGUAACUAGUCCCCCCCCUCCCUCUCGCAGCCCAGCCAUGUGCCCUGACCCCUGGGAGGGGGGGACAGGUUUUGGGGGGGCUUUCCAGCUCUAGGAGCCCACGUCUCAGGUGGGGCCUUGGGGAGGCUGUUGCCCAGCCUAGGCCACCACUGUGCGCCCCUCACUGCUAGUCCUAACGUGCUGUGGGGGCAGAAGCCCAUUGCCGACCACUCCCCCAGCCAGUCCUCAAGCCUCCUCAGUAGCAUUACAAAGCUGGGGGGUCAGGAAGUGUCUCCGGGGUGGAGGCAGCACCCCCCCCCCCCCUU